AAAGAGGGAACUAUCAACCAGUGUUGAAACCAUUUCAGUGUAAACCUGAAAUUGCUGUCUGAAACACUAAGUUUUACAAGGAAUACGAUACUGAAGUUACUCAAGAUUCCAAUUUAUUUAUUAACGAGGAUGAUUUUGUUUCUUACUCAUUGACUUAUUAUGACAAUUUAUUUUCUCUGCUAAUGAAGCCUUCAUCAUCACCUUUUUCAUUUGGAGUAUGAUCUUCAGAAAGGGCUUCCUUCCAUCAAAAUGGUGAAACCUAAGAAAGGAACAGAACUUAGAGGAAGCCAGAAAACCAGAUCUCCCGCCAGGUCGUCAGCAGCAAAACAGGAUGGCAGCAAACAGGUUACCAGUGGUAACGAGGGUGAGAAUGAACUAGCUGCUUUGCAGCUAAAAAAGCGAAACCUGCAGGGAGACAGACGUGCUUAUGAGAAAGAAACUCAAGAAGAAAUAAGAAGGCAGAGAGGAUUGAUUGCACAAUUGGAGUCAGAGAGAGAUGAAAUUUUAACAUGCCUCAAAAGAGCAUCAAGCCGAAUCUCUCAAACCAAGGAAAACAAAGUGUCCGGGAAACUGAAGUCAUUGCUGGACAAAGCAGAUAAUAUAGACAAAGAAAUAGAAAAAGAAAAACAGAAGCAAUCAGAAAUUGAAAUCAAGAUAAAAGAAAUGGAAAAGAAAAUUGCCGAAGAGAGAAAAUCUGAUACUCCAAUAGAUGACCCAACAACAAAUAUUAAAAGGUUGACUGAUCACGUUGCUCAGAUGAAUUCUAAAUUCAGCAGACUGCUAAUUAUCAACUCAAACCUUCUCAAUGAUAUAGAAGUCAUGUUUUGUGAAAGAGCGAAAUUUCAUCUGCUGCACAGAAGACUGCAAAAGGAGCUUGAAGAAACCAGAAGGGAGUCUGAAACAGUGAUGGAUGAUGCUAAUGAGGCCUAUCAAUCAAGAGAGGAGGCUCAAGCUCGUAUUGCACGUGCUUGGGAACAGCAGGAGAAUGACACUGAGCAAUAUAAUGUAGAAUUGAAAGAAAUGAAACGAGAGCUGGAUCAUGUUGGAAGCCUGAGUACUUUUCUUGUACAAAAAACAAAAGAGAGAGAAUCAGAUAAACAGCUUUUAAAAUCAAUAAAGAAGAAAGAGGCAAUGGAAAGGGAGAGGAAGAUUGAGCACAAGGUGCUGAUGAAUAAAUAUGAGGAAGCGAUGCAGAAGAUCAAUGACAUAAUUGAGACAAGUGCUAAAAAAAACAAUUUCAAUCGACAGACCGGAAGAAACAGGAUUGACAUCAGGCUUGAAGGAACAAAUGAGGAUGAAAAGAAACUUACCUGGGAAUUGGAUGUCAAGAGGAAAUCCGUGUCCUUAAAUACUUAUUCAAAGGAAGCUGCUGGUGAAAGUGAUGCCGAUAGAAAAAAAUCAAGGAUCCCAGAACACAGAAGGAGAUCCUCCAUACUAGCUACUGCAUUGGAGGAUCAGGAGAGGCAGCAAGGGAUGAAUACGAAAUCUCUAGAGCACCAAGUGAUCCAAGAAGGAAAGAAAACUGUAGAUUUUGAUGCACAAUUAUUUUAUGAUGUGUUCAUGAAAAGAGAAGAUGAAAACUUUGCGUUGUUUAACUUUGUGACCGAGCAAACCAAUGAAAUUGAAAAUACAGAAAAUUACAUCGCACAGCUAAAAAUAAGGAUUGAGUUUCAGAAAUCAGAAAUCCACACUAUAAAUCAGGAGCAGGACAAUAUGAAGAUCAAUCUUGAACAAAAUCUGAAAGAAAUAGCAAAAGCAGCAGAUAAACUCCAAGAAGAAGGUGACAGAUCUGAAAAAAAUUUAAAUCAACUGAAAACAGGUAUAGACAGUCUUGCCAAAAAGUUGGAACUAAAUACAGAAGACUUUUCACAGUUUCUGGGCUGGUCAGAGGGAGUAACUAACCACAACAUCUUGACCUAUCUAGGAAUGAUUGAACAAAGAGUUAGUGAAUUACUGGCUGCACGCUCCUUUUUGCAGUAUAAGAAUGCUGAGCGAAUGGAGAAGAGUCAAGGAUCCAUUCAACACUACCUGGGCAACUCACUGUCCAAAUUUUCUACACAGUUUGAGAUUCAGCCACCAUCUGCAUGCUUGAAUUUUGACAGUGAUGAAGACGAGAUGAAUGAAAAGGAUAUACGGCCUCUCUCAAAGAAUGAGCUGCAGAAGAAAGCCUUGAAAGCUCUAUCUACAGUGGAGGAUGGGAACAGCCUCUAAGAAUGCAUUUUGAAGCAACAGGAAAACAUGAAUUGAUUCAUCACAAGAAUGAUGUGGAUAACGAAAUGGCAUCUGAAAGUAUUAUUCUGAGUUCAUGUUGUCAAUCCCAUUUCAAAAUGUUGUAUACCUUUAUAAGCUCAAGACUGAAGAGCCUUCAGUCAAAUCACCACUUUGUGUGAAAUUCUUCAGUCUAGUCAUUGCCCAGUGUGAAAAGUAUCAAUGUGAAGCUUGUCUAAACAUCGCUCAAAGCUCAUUCUACUAACUUGUCAUUUAAAAUGAAUAAGAAUUGAAGAUUUUGCUGGGGAAGAGGAUGGAUAUUGACCCAAGGUGUACAAUGUUAGUGCUGUCAGUAAAACUCUUUCCCAUAUCAGUCAGGGUCAUGUUCCUUAAUCCCAAUUUUUCAAUAAAUUUCAAUAAAGUUUUCAAAAAUUAACAUUUUUCUCAUUAUUUCUGUAUAUUUAUCAACUUAAUUGUCUUUAUAAAAUAUUGAUUACUGAAAUUUAUUCAGUAUUUAAAAUACCUAAUGGCGAUCUGGGAGUGAUUACACGGUGGUAAUCUAUUUGAUGAGUUCAGAUAAUAUUCUAAAUAAUGAAUGAAAUUCAGGCUCUUUGAACUGUAUAACUUCAUUCCUCAAUUAAAAUGCUUUCUUCUUGAGAA